CUAGGUUUUUUUUGUCCAAAAGCCCAAGCACUAUCACUGGUCUUACACCUCCCACCGUUGAAAUUUAUGUCUCUCUUCCCUUUUCCCCUAUCAAUUUGCCAAGAAUUUUUGCUGAUUUUGGUUGAGCCAUAACUGAAAGGUUUUGGCAAUGGCUACAUCUGCUUGGGACAUAACUGCAACAUAAUUUAAUUAGUAUCUCCAUGAAGAAUAUGUUAUCUUGAAAAGAAAUUUCUCAGCUAUACAAUGUCAAUUGUUGUGACCAGUAUCUGCGCACAACUUUCUUCUCUUUCGCAUUACAUAGUAUCCAAUCCCUUCUAAAGCAAGUAGUAGUAUCACUCCAUCAACCAGUCCUACCACAAUUGGAAUCCAUUUCUUCCACAAGUACUAUGACCCGCCACUAUUGCUCGAGGUCGAUAGGUUUACUUCUAGAGGGACUGAACUCUACAAACAUCCAAAUAUGACCAAACUCGUCCACUUGAUUUGCCUUUAAAUUACUCUAAGAGAGGAAACGCAUCUUGGCUUAUUAAUGGCCUCAUACAUUUAAUCUUCCAUUCUAUUCAUUUAAACCGUUCUUUGGUUUAGAAACAAGUUAUGCCUAGAUUAGUAAACUAGGGAGUAGUAAUCCGAGGAUUGCAUAAUACUGGGAUUAUGAUGUUUAAUUUGAUAUUUACAUAUUAGUAUACAAUGUUUAAUUUAAGAGAUGUGGAGCGUUCCUCAGUGCACUCUGCACCAUAGAAACAGUUUGCAGAAGUGCUUUGGAUCUCUAUCAAAAUGCAUAUUAUCACCCUGAAAGUUCUUCCGAUUUUUUUUAUAUACCAUCAAAGAAACAAGUGUUAGCCCAGUGGAAUAGUACAUGACACAACUUCAACUUACCGAGAAUAUGAUCUUAGAUAGGAGGUUACGGAGGGUAGAGGGUUAGAUAGUGCUCAACAUGGGAACUCAGCUUCAACCAAGAGUAAUAGGCAUUCCCAGAAAUCAAGGUCCGUUCGAUGCAAAAGUAUACUCUACAAAUAGAGCACGACUGAGGACUUCCUCCAUGAACAGAUUCAUGUGCUCCUUAAAUCAGUCGGCAUGGGUCUCGGCUAAAGCAGAGCAAACAGAAAGUAGGACUUUAGUCAAAAUGUGUGGAAUUACAUCAGCUAGAGAUGCUGCUCUUGCAGCAGAAGCUGGAGCCAAUUUUAUCGGUAUGAUCAUAUGGCCUAACUCAAAACGUUCCGUUUCACUUUCUACUGCUAAGGAAAUCUCGAAUGUUGCACGGGAAUAUGGAGCUCAGCCAGUUGGAGUGUUUGUAGAUGAUAAUGCUGACACAAUACUAAGAGCCUCUGAUGCUGCAGACCUUGAAUUGGUGCAGCUUCAUGGAAAUGGUUCUCGAGCUGCUUUUCCAGUUUUAGUCAGGGAGAAAUGUUUAGUAUAUGUUCUUCAUGCAAAUGAAGAGGGAGGCCUUUUGAACUCUGUUUCAGAUGAGGAGUCUUCUCUGGUUGAUUGGAUUCUAGUGGAUAGUGCCAAAGGUGGAAGUGGCAAAGGGUUCAAUUGGGCUCAGUUUAAGCUGCCAUCAAUUAGAAGCAAACAUGGAUGGCUUUUGGCUGGAGGAAUUAACCCGGAGAAUGUUUGUAAAGCUCUUUCUGCUCUUAAACCAAAUGGAGUGGAUGUCAGUAGUGGCAUAUGUGGACCGGACGGCAUCCAAAAGGAUGAGUCCCGGAUACUAUCAUUCAUGAAUGAAGUUCGGGCACGUGAAGAGGAGGAACACAUAUGGCCUAAUAAGGAGGUGCGAGAGGUUGAUAGUAAUAGGUUUGGGGAUAGGUAGAGGAAGAAUUGAGGAGAGCUGAUUAUGCAUAACAUGAUAAAUUUUCAACUCACCGAGGACAUGACUCUAGAUCCUAGAUAGGAGAGUAUGGAGUUCAAGAAUUAGGAUAGACAGUUAAUAAGUAGGUGACCACUUCUCUUUCAACUGGUAGAAUAGGUUUCUAGUUUGGAGCACCUAUCUAUUCCCUUGCCCAUAUUAUUGUUAUUAUAUUAGCAUUGUCUUGUUCUUCGAUUUUAUUACUAUGGU